AAAAUAUCUCUCAAACGAUUAAAAACACACAGAAAAUCAACGAAACCAGAACAGAAUGGAUGACGUGUGCAUGUGGGUCCUUUGAACUUCCGGGACUGGACAAACUGUAACUGUGUGCAGAGGAAGACGCCUCAACCCUAAAAAUGUCUAAAGUUACGUUUAAAAUCACGCUGACGUCGGACCCCCGGCUGCCGUACAAAGUACUCAGUGUCCCAGAGAGCACGCCGUUCACAGCAGUGUUGAAGUUUGCAGCUGAGGAGUUCAAGGUACCAGCAGCAACCAGUGCCAUCAUAACAAAUGACGGAAUAGGAAUCAACCCUGCACAGACAGCAGGGAAUGUGUUUCUCAAACAUGGCUCAGAGCUGCGCAUCAUUCCCAGAGACAGAGUGGGAAGACAAGGAGACUGAUGCUGCCUUUCCUCCUUGAUGGCAGAGUGACUCACACAGCAGAAUCAUAACAUCUGAGACCCAGGAAAACACCUCAGCGUGUGUGUUGUAUUUAUUUUGAGGCCCACAUCUGACCGUGAAUCACACCUUUGGAAGAGUAUAUAAAUAUAAACUGAUGACAUGCAUAUGCACAUGCAUGGUCACUGCUUCUGCAUUUUCAGUCUGACUUUUUCUGUAAGCAAUAUUGCAUCAAAAGAUUGGAGCGACAUCAAGAGUAAUCAGAGAUACUUAAUUAUUGAUACACACAACAAACGGCGGCUCGGGCUGAGACUAAGAACCAUAAUGGAGUUAACAGUUAUAAUUUUUGUACUUUUUAGUUGUGAUAAUAAACAAUUAAUCAAUAUGGCUACCAGUGAA